AAAGGCCGCAAAACUCGUGACGUCACACACAAUUUCGCACAAUUUGUCUUGUUGCUUGGCAGGAAAACAAAAAAAAGUUACAUACACCCGUUGAAUCUGUUUAAACAUUCCUCGAGAGUUCCUGGCCUUUUCUUCCAUAUUUAUCGAACUCAGUAUCAUGAUGUUUAAGAAAGAACCAACAUAAUGUUAUGAAGGAAAUCCACACUUGUCAGAUAAGUGGCUCUUUACCUAAAGCUUGAACGUGGCUUGCCUUCUGCUAUGGCAACAAGACGACACUCCCAAAAAAGUGUGGACAGGGACAGCGGUGAUUAUGACUACAGUGAUGAUUUUGUCAGCGACGCUGAAUCGGAUCAUCGCAAUCGAAGAGCUCCACCAAGGAAAUCUCAUAGAUCCCCACGGUCUGUUAUGCACAACAGAAAGAUGCCUAUGAAAAGAAGAGGUCAAGUGCCUGUUACGCAGUCUCAGUCUGAUAACAUAACUCAGCGCAUGUUAUCGGCUGGACGUAUGAAGAUGAAUGAACUUAAGAACCACUUGGAGGAAGCCAACCUAAAAAUCAGGGAUCUGACGGAAGAGAACAAAAUCAUGAAGAAGAUGCAGUUUAGGCACGAGAAAGCUUUACGACAUUUUCAGGAUAAGGAAGGGAACUUGCCUCAGCUGUUGACAAAACAUGCAAAUGAAGUGCGGGCUCUCAGAGAACAGCUGAAGAUAUCUAAGGAGAAAUAUGAAAAAACUGAGAGGUACCUACGCGAUGCUGAAGAUGACUUGGACAGGGCUCAGAAUAAACUGAAAAAAUAUAAACAUUUAGUCGAAGAGAAAGGCCUCCUAGAAAGAGAUGAACUCAACAGAAAACUGAGUAAAGCAGAAAUAGACUUGGAAGAAAAAGAUGCACGGAUUAAGGAACUGGAAAGACAUAAAGAACAUCUCACAAAAAAUCAUCGACAUGAGCUGGGUAUAGAAAUGGCCAGUCAUCGAGAAACAAAGAAACAGUUGCAGGAAUAUAAAGAAGAAAAUGAGAAUUUGAAAAAUAAGAUCAAAGAAAAGGAGAAAGAACUGGAGAUAAAAAACAUCUACAGCAACAGAGUAAUGCGGCCUCCUCACAAGCUACCCGCUUCUUAUUCUGGAACCCCUUUGGAUACUCCUCCUCAUCAUGGUGGAGUGCUAAACAGACCGCCCUCCUUGAAUGACCUGUCUUCCAGAGAAAAAGCUAAAUUGUAUGAAAAGAAAAGGAGAGAGGAGAGGCAGAUCAACAGAGAGGUUAGCGAGGCUUGGGAACAGCAGCAAAGGAGACAGAGGUCACAAAAACAGACAGACAUCACACCAUCCAAGUCAGCAGCAGACGCAGAUUACUUUCAGAAACGGCAGGACUUCUUAGACCUAGAUAGUGUGGAUAAAAAGCAGAUAGAUAAAGAAAAAAGGGAGAAAGAGGAAUGGGAACAUAGAGAGUUUCAACAACAACAGCAAGAUGAAGAUGGUGAUGAUGAUGAUGCAAUGAAAUUACAGAGAGAAAUAAUGAAGCAUGAAUCAGAAGAGUUUAAACAGCGCCAAAUAGAAGAAAGAGAGCGAAGAGAAUUUGAGGAAAAGAAAAUGCGAGAAAGAGAAAAUAGGAUACGAGAAAGAGAAAAAAUUGAAAGAGAACAAGAGAGGAUGAAUAAAGAGAACAGAGAGAGGAUGGAAAGAGAUAGGAAUGAAAGGGAAGAAAGAGAAAGAGAAGAGAGAGAUAGGAGAGCAAACGAAGAAAGAGAUAGGAGAGAAAGAGAGGAACAAAAAACAAGGGAAGCAAAUUUGAGAAAAGAACAGGAAGAAAGAAUGAAAAAUGAUAUUGCUUACCAGGAGGAAAGAAGGAAAAAGGAUUUGUUGCUGGCACGAAUGAAAGCUAUUGAUGAAGGCAUAGCAUCCAGUGGUAGUGAAAAGAGCUCCCCAACUCCUAGUAGAAGCAAUAUCAUCACACACAACCGAUAAAAAACUCACGUUGGCAAGCCAGCAUAUGAUGAUAUUGGGGUUUAUGAUAGGUCAAAGAAGAAGUCUCCAGACCACAUGCCACAAGAAGGUUAUCAACCAUCCUACAGUUCUCCAACUAGAAAGACCGACGUAGACAAGAAGGAACAGUUAAUGCAUAGUCUGUUUGGAAGUCCAUCCAAGCCUAAUUCAACAACGAAGGAAAACAGUGCCUCAGAUUUGUUUAGUACAUUGAAUUCUGCGCCUAAGAAAUCCACAUCAAAGAAGCAGAUACUCCCUUGGGACCACGAAGAUCAGGGAGAUCGUAGUGACAAACACGAGUCACGGAGAGAGAAUUCAAGCACAAUGCUUUUCGCUGGUGGUGCUGCUUUCCUCGAAGAUGACAAGUCGGAUUUUAACAGUUCAAAACUGUUGCCGCGCCGACCACGGGGCCCAGUUAGUACACUUCAGAGCAGACCGUCGGUGACAGCAGUUGACAGUAUUGACGAUGACAUUGAGGAGGUUAUAAUAUAGAAUGUGCUCUACCUGUGAUUGUUAGUGCUGCAUGCUCGUCUUGUCUUGUGGUCUGAAAACUAUUUGGUGAAAUGUAACCAGAUUUUAUGGUAAUGUUUUCAAUGUAAUAAUAACAUUCUGAAUUGAGCAUCUACAAUUUUUUUUAGUUGAUUCAAAAUAAAUAUACAUGUCUAUUAUGUAAUAAUACAUAUGCAAGAAAAACAAUUUCCUCCAAUACUUCUUAAAGUUGCCUUAAAGUUGGUGGUUGUGAUGGACAGAACAAAACAGUGGUUUAAAAAAACAAACAAAAAUCAAACACAACAAACAGUUAUAGUGUAUGUGUUUAAAUAUUCAUGUUGCACUAUCAUCAAUGGUGCACUAUCAUCAAUGGUGCACUAUCAUCAAUACAUUUUGUCCGUCCAGUAUAGACUUGAUUUACAGUCCAUUGUUAGCAUUUACUAGGUUUGUAUAUUAGUACCGUACAUAUAUUUAUUUAACAUUUGAAACAAUAUUUAAACAAUAUUACUAUGCCUAUUUUAUUAUUCCAUUACCAAGCUACAAUGUACAAGCUAUUUUUUAAUGAUUUAUUUGCAUGUUUUACUAAUGAAACUAAUGUUCACUGAACAUACUUAACCAUUAAUUGUUAUAUAUGAUACAUUUACAGAUCAUUUAUCAAAGACUAGAUUUUUUUAGCAUAUCUGAACUAAUUUUAAUAAUACAUGUAAUUGUUUUAAAAAAGAAAUUAUUUUUAUUGAACUAAAUAACAAUUUGUCAGCCAAAAUCAUUAUUGGACAAGUAUAAUUUGCUGAUAUGACUACAUUGUAUUACUGUGUAAUACCAAAAUGUUGAUUGUGAGCACCAGGGAUUAUAGUUUAAAUGUUUAAAGUUUGUUUUGUUAAAUGACACCACUAGAGCACAUUGAUUAAUUAUUGGCUAUUUGCUGUCAAACAUUUGAUAAUUCUGACACAUAGUCAUGAGAGGAAACCCGCUACAU